AUGCGGGAGACAUUUUGCUCGAACCGUGCGAUAAAAUAAAUUAGGGCUCGAUUCCCUCCUCUUUCUCUCAACGAACGCGACUCCUCUCCUCUCUCGUCGAUCGCCAUUACUUCUCUCCUCUCCGUUCGGAAGCGUCUGACCCUAGGGUUUGUGAUCCGAGCCAUUCAAUUCUCUCUCAUCUUGGGUUUGUGAUCCCAGGGUUCGAUCGCUUCUUGGGCGAAUUUGAUUUGUUCCAAGAUCCGUAUAGCCUGCGAGAAUGCAAGAUCCACGAGCUGCACCAUCUGGGGAAAUCUCUGGUCCGAAGCCACGGAGGAAAAAGCAGCUGAAUCCUACCGUUUCACCAGUCCAGCCAAAGGGCAAAAUUAAAGGUGCGAAAGAGGCCUUGCAUCAUCCACCUGUCAGAACACAGAAGGCACCUAAGAGAAGUAAGAGAAAUGUUGUCCCCUCCCCAUCAUUCCCACAAACAGAUAGGGCGACCCCCACUGAUUCUUUGCCAGAUUCAAGUCCUGCCGAUGAGUAUCGGGCACUAAGGCGCAAGUACUUGUUGCUGGAGGAAGAGAACUUCUCGCUGGAUAAAGAGUUGAAUGAGGCAGAAGCAGAAGUCAAGACCCUUGAAGGUGAGAAGUUUGCACUGUUGGAUCAACUUGUCGUGUUAGAAGGUCUAAUGGAUCCUUCCGAGCUCUGUCCCCAGGGAGGGCUAUGACAUUUGAAGUGAGUGGUCCUUCCAUAUUUACCUUUUUUUACAAUAUUUAACCCAUGGCCAACCUUUUUCUUUAUGACUGCAAUCGCAAUGUUGUAUCAAAACUAUGUUUUAUUUACUGUUUACAUAUGAAGAAAGAAAUGGGUAUUCUAGCGAUAUUUUUGAUUUGCA